GGCUGUGCAAUUUUUGGCCGCCAAAGGAAUCAGAGGGAAUCAGAGAAAUUUACGAGAAACAAAGACGAUCCGAAAAACCUCAAGUGCAUCUAACAAUUCAAGUUAAAACACUCUAACUACUCAUUACCAUUCCCAAACGAUUCGGUAACACCAUCAGCUGAUUAUAUUUCUUUAAUUGAAAUUAUUAAUUAUCCAGCAUGAAUCUUCAUUGAUGCAAGGCUAGUCCCCUGCUUGUUUGGUUAUGGUGAUAUUUAUUGGUAGGUGACUUGCAUAAUUCUAAUCAUCAAUACGAUAAUUCACGUGGAAAGAUGGAUUCGGCAGAAUACAAGUUCAAUUGCACAUUAGCCGGACAUACCGAGGAUGUCAGGGCUAUUGCAUUUUUUGAUGAUGGCACAUUGGUGUCAGCAUCGCGUGACAAGACCGCACGUGUAUGGAGACCAAGCCGAGAUGGCAGGGAAUAUACCGAGACAGAAAUCUUAAAAGGGCACAAGAACUUCGUGAGUUCAGUGUGCGUUCUUAACCCAUCCCCGAAGAAUCCUCAGAGUCUCAUCAUCACAGGCAGCAAUGACAAAAAAAUCCGAAUAUAUUCUCUGGGUGAUGUGGAUCCAACUCGGACAAUAUCUGCCCACGAGGACACUGUGUGCCAUCUGCGUAGUGGUUACGAAGAAGGGACAUAUCUGUCGAGUUCCUGGGACCUCAGUGCAAAACUCUGGAGUCUGGAGAAUCCAGAGGAGCCGAGACUGAUUCUGCAUGGUCACUCGCUGAGUGUCUGGAGUGUUGCUGACCUCAAGAGUGGUUUAAUCAUCACAGGAUCGGCUGAUAAAAUAGUGAUUGUCUGGUCGAGGGAUGGAAAGAGCAUUCACAAGCUCGAGGGACACACAGAUUGUGUGCGUGAUAUAGCUGUUGUCAAGGAGGAUGAAUUUCUAACUUGUGCGAAUGACUCGACCAUCAGGCACUGGAGUGCACUGAGUGGUCAGUGCCUGGGGACAUAUUAUGGUCAUGAGAAUUUUGUCUACACGAUAUCUGCUGUUUUAACUGGUGCCAUAGUGGCAUCGGGGGGAGAAGACAUGAGUAUCAGGGUGUGGAAGAACGGUGAGAACUGCCAGACAAUUAUUGUACCCACCACUUCAGUAUGGAGUGUCAAAAUUCUACCUAAUGGGGACAUUGCUGCUGGCUCAUCAGAUGGACUUGUCAGGAUUUUCUCGGCUGACUCUCAGCGCCAUGCCAGUGCUGAGGUCCUCGAGUCCUGGGAGAAGUGCGUCACUGAGCAUCAGGCACACGCCAAGUUGAACGAACAGAUUAAAAUUAAUCAGUUGCCUGAUGCCACUGCUCUCACUAUUCCUGGCCGCAAGGAUGGUGAGACCCUCAUGGUCAGAGAGGAUGGUAAGGGAAUCGCGUACAGCUGGUCAGCUGGUGAACAGACAUGGGUGAGGAUCGGUGAAAUUAUUGGCGCCAGUGGCAACUCCUCCAGGAGUAUGUACAAUGGAAAGGAAUACGAUUACGUGUUCUCGGUUGAUAUUCAGGAUGGGGUACCACCACUCAAGCUGCCGUAUAAUAAAACCGAAGAUCCUUGGCAGGCUGCCCAGAAAUUCAUUCAUCAGCAUGGACUCAGUCAGAUGUUCUUAGAUCAAGUGGCCAAUUUUAUCGUGAAAAAUUCAAAAAGCACUCCAGCUCUUCAGCCUUCCUCGAGUUACGCCGAUCCUUUCACCGGUGGAAGUCGCUACAUUCCUGGUUCUGGACACUCAAAUACUUCUAAUGCAACUGCAUCAGUUCCCAAUCCAGAUCCCUUCACUGGAAUCACAGCAGCCUCUCAGGAAUCAGCUGGCUCAGCCCCAGUCUACAUUCCCCAUCGAAGCUACUUGAGGCUGGAGCAGGCAAAUGCUACUGCCAUUCUUGAUAAAUUAAAGGAAUUCAAUGCCAAAUGGAAUUCCCUUGAUGCAUGUACAGAUAAAAUAUCAGAGGAAACAUUGCAUGCUGUUGUGGAUCUGAUAAAAAAUGACACUUCUGAUGAUAAUACAGAAGGAAUAACUGCCUUAUGGAAAAUCCUAGUGGAUUGGCCACAGGAAUUCUCCUUUCCAGGUCUUGACGUUGCGAGACUUGCUGUUCUUCAUCAGUGCUCCAAUCGACACAUAUGUUUUGAGAAGCUGCUCCCGAUUGUCUAUCGUCAUACGUCUGCUGAUGCUGUACCUGCGAAUCAAAUGCUCGCCUUCAGACUACUUGCAAAUAUGUUCACCCAAGAGACUGGUGAACAAUUUGGUUUCGAUUAUAGUGAAUGUUUUUUGAAUCUACUCCUCAAUUUGUCAUCAUUUGGCAGUAAAAAUAAUCAGGUUGCUAUAUCGACGUACAUCCUGAAUUUAAGCAUUGCACUCAACAAACGAGACGAUUUACUGAGCAAAAAUCGAGCCCUCAGUACGAUAUUGACAAUACUGCCGAAAUUCAAGGAGGUUGAGGGCAUUUUCCGUGCACUAGUUGCCCUAGGUACUUUAAUUGCUGGCACUUCACAUGACGAUAAUCGAAGGCAACUCAUUCAACUGGUUAAAAAUUCCGAAGCUACUGUACACAAUCUGAAAACCAUGGCAAACAGCAAAUCUAUGCACGAUCCGCAUGGAAAAGUUGCCAAAUGCUCGACUGAAAUACUUGCUUUGAUUGUGUAAAUGUGAAAAAAAUGUAUAUCCUAUUUUUUUUCAACUUAUGUAUUCGCCGAAUAAAGGAAAUAAAAAAUCCUGGCAUAUCACUGUCUGAGUCGAGUAUUAACUUCUGAAAAUUACAAUAAUUUUAUAAUUUAAUCCGGAUCAUACUAUAAAUUCUGAAAUUCCUCAUUUCAGU